GCGAGCUGGUCGGCGAAGCGGAAGAUUAAAAUAUUAUUAAUUAAUUUAUUCACUAUUGAGCAAUAAGCCAGAGAUAAGAACAAAUGGCGAGCAAAGUCGCGAUUCUUCUCUUGGCACUGGGACAUCUUGUGGUUGCCCAAAGCCUUGCGAAGCCAGUGCCCGGAGAAUGUCUGGCGCCCACCUACAUGACCCGCUUCAGGGCCAAGCUCUUCCAGGAAAUGAUAAAGUUGGAAAAUCGCCACGGCAACGUUGCCUUCUCACCCUUCGCCGUGCACGCCAUGCUGGCACUGAUCUACAGGGCAUCGGAGGGUGAAACAUUUAGGGAAGUGCAGCGGGUCGGCGAGUUCAACCAGCACCCUGUUUUCGUUGCCCUGGACUUCGAGCGACUGAUCAAGUUCAAGGAGCAUCUCCAGAGUGCCAAUCUAACUUGUGACUCCAGAGUAUUCUACAACCGGACGCUGGGUGCAGUCAAUUCCCGCUACGACGAGUUCUCCAAAUUCUAUUUUAACAUCGGCACGGAACCUGUGGACAUGGACAGCGGCGAGAUCAUGGCCAACAGUAUUAACGGCUUAACGAGUUCCGGUUACUAGUACUGGAACUACGGCCUAUCCGACCACAUUAUCUCCCAGCUGCAGACAAUACUGAUAAGCGCCGUUCGUUUUAGGGGAUUCUGGGAGCACACGUUUUACCAUGGAAAUACUCGUCCAACCGAAUUCCACUUCACCAACGGUCGUAUUUCUAAUGUAAGAAUGAUGUACAACCACGAAGUCUAUGGUCUGGCCGAUCUGCCCGAUCUGGAUGCCACCGCCUUGGAACUGCCAUAUAAUGACAGCGCCACCAGCAUGCUGAUCCUGCUGCCCAAUCAGCCGAAGGGAUUGGCCAACCUCGAGCAGCAGUUGGCCCAGCCGGAGUUCGAUCUCAACCGGAUCGCCAACCGCCUGCACCGUCAGUCGGUCACGGUGGUCCUGCCCAGGUUCUGGGUCCUUAUCGAUUUAGACAUGACCGCGCCAUUGAAGAUGCUGGGUCUCCGGCAGGUGUUCACGACCAGCUCGAAGGUGACCAAAUUGCUCGAACAGACGGUGCGCGUGGACAAGAUCCUGCAUAGGGCCUACAUUUCAGUGUUUGAGAACGGAACUUCAUUACAGUACCCGUCGGAUGAUGCCAAGUCACUGCCUGACAAUUCCAAGGAGUUCGUUGCUAAUCGGCCAUUCGUCUUUGCCAUCCGCACUCCCAACUCAGUGUUGUUAAUGGGUCAUGUGAAGACGCCUUGGCCAUAAAAAUAUGGAUCCAAAAUCGUGCA